AACCAUUUUAUGUAAUGGAAGCCAAACAUUAAGCUAAGGUAUAUUUCCCUAAAUAUAGAGUCAAACAGAACAAAUUACCGUUUGAAUCAAAGGAAGUUAAAGCCGCCGACCCGAAACCUUUGGAAAUACAACCUGCAGAUCUUUGUUUAAUUGCUUCCACUCACAAAAACCCUAGACUAACGCCGACCCUUUCACUGAUAUGGCAAGGGCUGCUCUUCUUCAUUUGUUAAGAUACCGCACGGCUGCCGCCGCCGCAGCUGCAGAACCUCUCUCCGCCUUUAGAUGCCAGCUGAUGACUAGAAGCAAUAGUAAGACACCAGCAGCAGGGAUUAAGUGGGCAGGUUUUUGCAGACCUUUCAGCUCAAAAGCUGCUCUAAAUGAUGUUAUCGGUAAUGAUACGGAUUCCAGCGUUGCAGUCAUGGAACCACAGGAACGAGUGGACCCAUUUUCCCUUGUUGCCAAUGAGCUAUCACUUAUUGCCACCAGACUGCGGUCAAUGGUAGCUGCUGAAGUUCCUAAUCUUGCUUCAGCUGCGGAGUACUUCUUCAAAAUUGGGGCUGAAGGAAAGAGGUUUCGUCCCACGGUUUUACUUUUAAUGGCGACAGCUUUGGAUGUGCAUAUACCUGAACUAUCUCCUCCUGGGAUUGGAGAUACCUUGCCAACUGAUUUGCGUACAAGACAGCAGCGUAUAGCUGAGAUCACUGAGAUGAUCCAUGUGGCAAGCCUCCUUCAUGACGAUGUCUUGGAUGAUGCAGACACAAGACGUGGUGUUGGUUCACUAAAUGCUGUAAUGGGCAACAAGUUGGCUGUUUUAGCAGGAGAUUUCCUGCUUUCUCGAGCUUGUCUGACCCUUGCUUCUUUAAAAAAUACAGAGGUUGUCACCUUAAUUGCAACAGUUGUUGAGAAUCUUGUUACUGGUGAAACCAUGCAACUAACAACUGCUUCUAAUAAACGUUUUAGCAUGGAAUAUUACAUGCAGAAGACAUACAACAAGACUGCAUCCUUAAUGUCAAACAGCUGCAAGUCAGUUGCCCUUCUUGCUGGGCACACAACAGUAAUCGCAAUGUUAGCCUUUGAGUACGGAAAAAAUCUGGGAUUAGCAUUUCAAUUGAUAGAUGAUGUUCUUGAUUUCACAGGCACAUCAGCAUCCCUUGGAAAGGGUUCUUUAUCUGAUAUCCGACACGGAAUCAUAACAGCUCCAAUCUUGUUUGCUAUGGAAGAAUAUCCUCAACUGCGUGCAGUCGUUGACAAGGGAUUUGACAACCCUGCAAAUGUUGACAUGGCACUCGAGUAUCUUGGGAAGAGUAGGGGAAUAGAAAGGACCAAGGAACUAGCCAUGAAACAUGCAAAUCUAGCUGCUGCAGCCAUUGAAUCACUACCCCAAAGUGAUGAUGAAGAUGUAAUAAAGUCAAGGCAGGCCCUUAUUGAUCUCACCCAAAGAGUUAUCACCAGAAAUAAGUGAAACAAAGACUAUCAAGUUAGUUUCACUAAUAUAGGUUUAUAUCAAUAAAACCCCAAAGUCCCUUUUGUAGUUAUUUUCUUGUAGCCGAUCACAAUUUUCUACAAAAUUAUUUUAGCUUUUGCCCUACUGAAAGAAAUUUAGUAAGGAGUAUUUUUUUUUUAAGAAAAGGAAAAUUCUUAUUCUUACCCUUGUAUUCUAAUACUUAUAUCUCAACUUGUGUAUUGCAUUUUCUUUUAAUUUGCAAAAAAUAAUAGUAAAAUUAAACCUUAUCAAUUCAUGGUUGUUGUUUUUUUAA